UAGUCAACAAAGGAGUAGGGAGAGAGGACCGAGCUGUAGCUAACGUGGCUAUCGCUAGCAUAAAAAAAGGAAGAACGAAGUGGGGCUGUAAUAAAAUUAAAGGAAUGUUUCUCUCACCAAACUGGCAAACGCAGACGAGGAAAACAAAGCCUCGGUUCUUCGCGUGCAUGAGAUGAUGACAGUCCACGAGCACUGCAUGUUUAUGUAGAGAAGCAGCUCUUGUACGUGUAAAGGAGCUGUUGCUGGAUUAGCAUAGCAGCUAGCAGUCCAUUAUUAUCAAGCUAAUGCUAAAUGCAAAGCUCGUCGUUAGAUUUACGGACACUUUCGAUCCAGAUCCAUCUAUUUGAGGCUAUAGAGAAGGGAUAAAACUCCGAUUAAAGGGAUGACGGUCACAUGAUUGACGUUUCUCAGUCACAUGGCCGGACUCUGCGGUUAGCAUCCAUCGGUCAGAAGAUAGGACCGUCCGAUCCCCUCACCUGAGUGGGUGUACAAGGAUGAAGAAGAUCAGUCUGAAGACGAUCAGAAAAUCACUUAACAUAAAGGGCAAAGAAGAUGGGGAUUUUGUCAUGCUCCAGCAGCCAACUAUAGCAGCAGAGUUCACCAAGGACGACACGCUGUUUGGAGGUUGUUACACCAAAGGGCUGGUAGGUUGUGAUCUUAAUGGGGAGGAUGAGAAGGGUCAUAAGAGUCGAUCGAAAAGCGAGAGUCUUAUGGGCACUCUAAAGAGAAGACUCUCAACCAAACAGAAAGCGAAAGUCAAAGGUGGCUCCUCCGCAGUGGGCUCUGGAGACGACGACGACACAUUCUCUUCUUCGUCCGUUCCAAUAAGCUUUAAUGAAGUCAAAGCCCAGCGACCCUUAAGAUCCUCCUCCCUCCGAAGCCAUCAUUACAGCCCUUCGCCAUGGCCUUUCCGUCCCGUUGGCUCAGAGGAGGCUUGCAUUAAAAUGGAGGUGAAAGUUAAAGCUAUGGUCCACUCUCCUAACCCCAGUCCCUCCCUCAAUGGCAUCAGAAAGGAGUUCCAUGACAUCCAAUUAGAAGGUUUGUUCCAAGAUCAGAGCGAAACUCAAAGUGGCAACUUGCAUUUGAGCAUUGAGGAUCACGUGCCUAUUGGACUCACACCUCAGGACUACAUCCAGUACACAAUGCCUUUAGAUGAGGGAAUGUACCCAGAUUCUGCCCAGUCCUUUUGUUUAGAUGGGCCUUCGCCAAUGGAAGUGGGUGAUCAGGUUGAAUCUGACUCUCUGCACAUAGACCAGGGUCCGGAUGGUCAUGAUAUCAUAACAUCGGACAUUCUCAUGGAGCAUUCGGUAAACGGACACCUCGCCGAUGCUCCGGCAAUGGUCCUUUCCAAUUCCCGAGCCGACACACCUUUGUUUUCUCCAUCUCUGUCACCUCUUUCCACCAACGAUAUUCCAAGGACCCUCUCCGGGUUCAGUAGUGCAGACUCUCAUGUUGUUGAGAGAGUAAGGCAUCACUUGAACUUUGACCCCAAUUCCGCUCCUGGUGUUAGCAGGGUGUACGAUUCUUUCCAAAGCAGCGGACCCAUGGUUGUAACAAGCCUUACGGAGGAACUUAAAAAACUGGCCAAGCAGGGUUGGUACUGGGGACCUAUAACUCGAUGGGAGGCUGAGGAGAAGCUAGUCAACCUUCCAGACGGCUCUUUUUUAGUGAGGGACAGUUCAGAUGACCGCUAUCUCCUCAGCCUGAGCUUUCGGUCACAGGGGAAGACGCUUCACACCAGGAUCGAGCACUCCAAUGGCAGAUUUAGCUUUUAUGAGCAGCCAGACGUAGAAGGUCACACUUCCAUUGUAGAUCUUAUCGAGCAUUCGAUAAAAGACUCAGAGAACGGCGCAUUCUGUUACUCCAGAUCCCGUCUGCCGGGGUCCGCCACGUACCCAGUUCGGUUGACCAAUCCCGUCUCUCGGUUCAUGCAAGUGCGUUCGCUGCAAUAUCUUUGCCGCUUUGUCAUCCGACAGUACACGCGGAUAGAUCUGAUUCAGAAACUGCCUUUGCCAAACAAAAUGAAAGAUUAUUUGCAGGAGAAGCACUACUGAACGGGCUGUAGUGGGUCAUGGUAGAAAUUUGCACUUUUUGUUGAGUGACGCAUUGUUUAAACAGUUUACAUGUUUGUAGGUCAUGAGAUCAGUUGCGCAGGUUGACUAUCUGAUCUGAGCGCUAAAUUUGUUGUUGCUCAGAUUACGU